AUGCAAAUGAUGAGAAACGAACCUGAUGAAGAAUAUAAUUACUUGUUUCAAGAAGCACAAGAUUUGGGUGAAUAUACGGAAACGGUCAUAGAAAUACCAAGGAUUAGCAAACGACAAAUCAAUAGAGAUAAUAUUCCUGCUUCUUCUGCAUAUGAUUAUUUUAAGCUGAAUAUUUUCAUUCCAUUACUUGAUCAUUUUUUAGUAGCUAGUAAAGAUAGAUUCAGUGAACACAUCAAAAAAGCAGCAGCUAUUUCAUGUCUUGUUCCACAAUAUAUUGUUGAUAAAAGUUAUGAUGAUUUAGCUCCAGCUAUUGAAAUUUAUAACAACUUUUUAUCUGCUGGUUCAGAUGUUCAAGUCAAAUCUGAAUUUUUGUUAUGGAAAAAACGAUGGAUGAAUAUUGUUACAGAAACUAUCUCUACUCCAUUAUCACCUUCUUCAUCUAGCAAUACAACCACGAUCAAAAUGAAACAGAAACAAGAAAUAGUUUUACCAGACACAGCAAUUGAUGCUUAUGCUGCUUGUCCGGAAGCAUUUUAUCCAAACAUAAAAAUUUUAUUGAAAAUCUUUGCAACUCUACCAGUGACAACUGCAACUACAGAAAGAACCUUUUCAGUCCUGAAAUUCCUGAAAACUUAUUUACGUUCGACCAUGUCUGAAACACGACUUAAUGGUUUAGCAAUGAUGUAUAUUUAUAGAGAUGUAGAUGUAAAUGUUGAUGCUGUGAUUGAUGAAUUUGCUAAAUCUAAUCGUCGAUUGAAAAAAUCCGAUACAAUAGUUAUUGAUGAUAAUGAUGAUAAUAUUUAUCCAACUGCUGAAGUAACACGUGAUGGUGAAUUACCAGAAGGUGCUACAGAAAGUGGAAUUGAAGAUAAUGAUCAUGAUGUAAUUGUUGGAAAAAAUAAAAAAUAUGAUCCACAUCGAGCACUUAAUAUUGACUUAAAUGAAAAAUCUAUUCAAUCGAUCCCUACAACACUACCAUUGACAUCUCAAUUAAAAGAGCCAGCUUCUAAACAAGUUGAAACAUCUCCUGUAUUAACUGAAAAAUCAAAAAAAUCUAAGAAAAAGAAAAUAAUUGAAAAACAAGAAUAA